AUGCGGCGACGACUUGUGUACCGUCUAUUUUGGUCUUCUCAGAGCCUUCUGCUCAGGAGUCGAAGCAUUCUUAUCAUCGCACUCUGUCUCUUCGCUCUGUUCACAGGCGUUCGCUUCUACCGGAUUGUCAACGUCUACACUGAGGAGUUGGUUCAGCUACAACGAGAAGUGUUAAGUCUCACGAGACACGUGUUGUUAUUGGAAGCAAGAGCAAUUACUUAUAUGGAAAACAUUCGUAAGCAGACGGCCGCAAUUGCCGAUGUAGCUGAAGAGGAUCUACUUGAGACUGUUAAGAAAAAGCUGAAAGUGAUAGAAGGAGAAAUGGCCGAAGUGGAUGAAACACAGGUGUCGAAAAUGUUUACUCGUUCCCGCUACUGUGUAAUGGAAUCGAAUGAGUUGUUUGUCACAUGGUCGUUCGACAAACACGGUAAACUGGCGACACCACGGUUUCGUCACAGACCGGAAACGUCGCAUCUGGACUGCUCGAGGCUCUUCGCCGGCGACGGUAGUUACGUCAGUGAGGUGGAGCGUGUGGUGAUGGCCCCGAAUCGCCACCUGGACAUGAGUUGUAAGGGGAUUCGACUACGGUUGCUGACCUAUCCUCGCCAGCCAGCAACGAACUAUGCAAUCGCAUUCGCGAGGAUCGUUCAUACUGAUUAUGAGUUCCUCGAAGAACAACUACGAUCGAGCUACUCGGCCGAGAACCAUUUUUGUUACCAUGUCGAUUCCAAAGCGAGUUCGGAAUUCAAAAAGCGCAUGAAGGCAUUGUCUACUUGCUUGCCGAACGUCUACUUGACUGACGUUCGCCUAGAGAUCGACGGUCGAGAAGGGACCAACACGAAUUUUGCUCAUCUGGCUUGUAUGAAACUGCUUGACAAAAAAGGCCCAUGGCACUACGUCAUCUUGCAGCAAACUCACGACGUCAUAAUUCGGACAAACUUCGAACUGAAGCGGAUCUUCCAAGUGCUAAACGGCACGAACGAUGUCCAAAUCACACCCUGCCAUCCGUUUUUUUACAACCGAAAUAUGAAAUGGGACGCGGAAUCUCUCGGUGUAUUCGUUGGGUCAUCAUUCCAACCAUUGGCUUCAGCUCUCAAAGUUCCACUUUUUAUUGCUAAGGGAGCGAUACAGGUUUCGUUGUCUCGAACAGCUGUGCAGUGGUUGAACGGCAUCAAUCUCACUCAGCUCAUCAAACAGUUUGCCAGUGGGAGAAAUUCAGUAGACGAAAUGCUGAUGAGCACUCUGCAAAUUGCCGAGCACUGGAAAAUGCCUGGUGGAUUCACCGAUCGCUGCAUAAAACACGGCUUCAGUUACAACGGAAUAACUAGGCAAGGCGAUUCCAUUUCGCGAAAAUUAUUUAACGCCACCCUCCAGAACGUAAUGCGAAUAUUGGAAUGGGAUAAUAUGGGAGUGAAAAUUGAUGGUCGGCAGUUACAUCAUCUUCGCUUUGCUGGUGACAUCGUGUUUAUGACACCAAACAUUAGCCAAGCGGAACGUAUGCUUGCUCAAUUUGGUAAAGAUUGCCGACUGUGGAAAGAUUCUUCCUCGACUAAAUCUCACAAAAACGAUGUUCAUGUAGAACGGAUCGAUUUUAUACGCCCCAUUCACACUCAACGAACGAAAAUCUCCGAAUGCUCCAUUUAUGUCUGUCCUGGUUGGGAAAUCAAUAUGAUGAACGACUUAGCUCCAGAGUUGAGCGGAAGGAAACGAGCGGCUUGGGCAUCUUUCAAGAUCAUCGAAGAAGUAAUGAAGACGGCAAAGAACACUCGUCUCCUUGCCCAAGUUUUCGACUCAACGGUAAUUCCUGCCCUAACGUAUGCGUUAGAAACUUGGUCGCUGGAUAAAGAAGAUUAA